AUGCUUUGUUGUCAUCCACUCCACAGAGCAAUCGUUCUGGGUCUCCUAAUAUGGCGCACCCUAGGACUCUGGCCACAGCCGCAAUCCCUCAUAUCUGGUUCAACACCCUUGACGCUGGCUCCGACAUUCACCAUACACGUUCGCGUCGGCACGACACCGCAAGAUCUUCUCGACGCCGUCUCGCGCACAACCAACCAUCUUCACACGGACAAGUUCGAGCGUCUCGUCGUUGGCCGCGCAUCGACCGAUACGCCUCUCCUGGCGAACACAUCCAGUCUGCCCCAUCUUACCCUCUCUUUGACGGAUAGUGCCGAUGCUGUGGAAAGCGUCACGGUGGAAGCCCGCAGGCCAUUAUCUGAGCGUCUCGAAGUCUAUCAUCUUGUCGUUCCCGACGAUGGGUCUGGCGCGAUCUUGACGGCAAACUCAAGUCUCGGUCUCUUACGCGGCUUGACGACGUUUGAGCAGCUGUGGUACCAUGAUGGAUCCACCGGUAACAACGUGAAGUAUACUAUAAGCGCACCUAUCGACAUCACCGACUUCCCGGCAUACCCCUAUCGUGGUCUCAUGCUCGAUACGUCACGGAACUUCUUUCCGGUAUCGAACCUGAAGCGACUCUUCGACCAAAUGAGCUGGGUGAAGCUCAGCAUCUUCCAUUGGCACAUAUCAGAUGCGCAGAGCUUCCCCUUGCAGAUGCCUGGGUACGAAGAGCUAUCGGUUCAGGGAGCUUACUCCGCCAGUCAAGUCUACACACGAGAAGAUCUGCAAGAUCUUGUCACAUACGCUGGCGAGAGGGGCAUUGAUGUACUGCUUGAGAUCGACACUCCUGGCCAUACAGCUAUCUUCGCCGCAUCGCAUCCGGACUAUGUCGCAUGCUACGAAGCAGAUUGGCAGACGUACGCCGAAGAACCACCUGCCGGUCAACUUCGCCUCGCCUCGCUCGAAGUCGUCAACUUUACCAAUGGACUCUUCUCAGUCGUGACGGAUGUGAUGCCGUCCACACUGCUAAGCACAGGCGGCGAUGAAUUGAAUAUCCCGUGCUACGAAGAUGACUCCGUCACGCAAGAGCAGCUCCGUACAUCAGGAAAGAACCUGACGCAGGCUCUACAGACGUUUGUCGACACAUUGCACAGUACCAUUCGAAGCAAAGGAAAGACGCCUGUCGUCAAGCAGGAAGUAGUUCUUGACUAUAACCUCACGCUUCCCACAGAUAUACCUGUAUCCGUAUGGAUGUCCUCCGACUUCAUCGCCUCCGUAACGCAGAAAGGCCACCCAGUCAUCCUGGCUGCAUCAGAUUACUUCUAUCUUGACUGUGGGGCUGGCGAGUGGGUGGUAGGCGAACCGACCGUGAACAGCUGGUGCGAUCCUUUCAAGACAUGGCAGAAGUCGUACUCCUUCAUCCCGACCGCCAAUCUAUCGUCUGAGGAGGCACAGCUCAUACUCGGCGGCGAACACUCCCUUUGGACCGAGCAGUCCGGGCCAUCAAACCUCGAAUCUAUAGUCUGGCCACGCGCCGCAGCCGGCGCGGAGGUCUUCUGGUCCGGAGAUGCCAGACAGAACUUAACGACGGCGCUCCCGCGAUUGCAUGAGCUCGCAUACAGAAUGGAAGACAGGGGUGUGGGGGUCAUCAAGCUGCAGCCAGAGUGGUGUGCGUUGCGGCCGGGUAUGUGUGACUUCUGA